CGUACGCUGGGGUGGAAAAUGGUGCAAAUUUUGCCUCUCUGCACUCAGAGAACCCGUACCUGUGCAGCGACGAGUGCGACGCCUCCAACCCCGACCUGGCCCACCCGCCCAAGCUCAUGUUCGACUCGGAGGACGAGGGGCUGGCCACGUACUGGCAGAUUUUUUUCCCCCCCCCCGAGCCGCUGCUGGCCAACAUCACGCUGUCCUGGAACAAGAGCAUCGAGCUGACGGACGACAUCGUGAUCACCUUCGAGUACGGCCGGCCCACCAUCAUGAUGCUGGAGAAGUCCCUGGAUAACGGGAGGACUUGGCACCCGUACCAGUACUACGCGGACGACUGCAUGGAGGCGUUCAGCAUGCCAGCGCGGAGGGUCCGGGACCUCUCUGCCACCAGUGCCAACAGAGUCCUCUGCACAGAGGAAUAUUCCCGCUGGGCGGGCUCCAAGAAGGAGAAGAACGUGCGCUUCGAGGUGCGGGACCGCUUUGCCAUCUUCGCUGGCCCCGAACUCAAGAACAUGGACAACUUGUACACCCGGCUGGAGAGCGCCAAGGGCCUCAAGGACUUCUUCACCGUCACGGACCUGAGGAUGCGGCUGCUGAGACCGGCCCUCGGUGGCACCUACGUGCAGAGGGAGAACCUGUACAAGUACUUCUACGCCGUCUCCAACAUUGAAGUCACUGGCAGGUGCAAGUGCAACCUCCACGCCAACCUGUGCACGUUCCGGGAGGGCAGCCUGCAGUGCGAGUGCGAGCACAACACCACGGGGCAGGACUGCGGCAAGUGCAAGAAGAGCUUCCGCUCGAGGUCGUGGCGCGCGGGCUCCUACCUGCCGCUGCCCAACGGCUCGCCCAACGCGUGCGCCGCUGCAGGCUCGGCCUUCGGCAACUGCGAGUGCUACGGCCACUCCAACCGCUGCAGCUACAUCGACUUCCUGAACGUGGUGACCUGCGUGAGCUGCAAGCACAACACGCGGGGCCAGCACUGCCAGCACUGCCGCCUGGGCUUCUACCGCAACAGCUCGGCCGAGCUGGACGACGAGAACGUCUGCAUAGAAUGUAACUGCAACCAGAUCGGCUCCGUGCACGACCGCUGCAAUGAGACCGGCUACUGUGAAUGCAAGGAAGGCGCCACGGGGCCCAAGUGCGACGACUGUCUGCCCAACUACUACUGGAGACAGGGCUGCUUCCCCAACGUGUGCGACGACGAGCUCCUGCUCUGCCAGAACGGCGGCACCUGCUACCAGAACCAGCGGUGCCUCUGCCCCGCAGGCUUCAAGGGCGUCCUGUGCCAGCAGUCGCGGUGCGACGCGGAGCGGCAGGAGUGCGACGCCGCCCCCGGCGCCCGCGCCGCCCUCGGCUCCCUCCUCCUGGCCGCGCUGGCCCUGCAGCUGCCUGGCUGGGUGCAUCUCUGAGGCCUC